AUGGCUUUGGUAUAUGAUGAAAACAGCAAGAAGAUAUCGGUAGACACUGAAGAAGAAUCAGUUUUAAUAAAUGUCGAGCAAAUUAACAAAUUGACACAAGCACUUAUUGGUACAAACAAACCAAAUCUGACACCGGAACCUAGCAAUGAAUCUACGAAGAUGAUUCAAAACUUGUUUGAAAAUGGUGCACAACACGCUAAGAUGAAGAAAUUUCCUGAAGCCUUGAAGAGUGUGACACUAGCCAUCGAGAUGGCUCAGAGAAAAAGAACUCCAUGGGAAGCAUUUGCAGUUCAACUAAAUGAGUUACAUUAUCUAAUGCGUAAUAAGGUUGACCUGUCUCUGACACAGCAGAGAUACUUGGAAGCUCUACAAGAUUUGGAGUUUCUUCUCAACACUGCUUUGAUUCACCCAGAAACUUUCAUUAGAAAAUGUGAUGCUUUAGUCAAUCUAGGUCAACUCGAAGAAGCCCGUAUUACAUGUGAAAGAGGUCUAAGUUUAGCACCAGAAGAUACAAAAUUAAAGGCCAUGAUGUUUGAAAUAACUAGAAGAUUGGCAGAUUACAACGGCGAGAUCUAA